AUGUCACAAAUGAAUAAAAAUACAGGAUUCCGAAUUAUCGACAGUCAAACACGAGACGUCGGAGAAAAGACAGUCGAUCUACCUGCGGUAGAUAAUACAGAAUCAAGGAAACAAUUGAUAGCUCGUAUCGAGCAAGUGACUUCAUCAGUAAUCCAACAAAUAUGCUCCGGCCAUUUACCACAAAUUUCGAGCUCGUUAUCAGGAAAUUAUAUUCCAGUAGACACGCAAACAGCCGAAGACGAUGAUUUCGAAUCAGAAUUUCACGAAGAACUGGGUCAGAAUUUCGAUGGAAUCGAACGAAACGGAACUAGGACAGUGGCCAACUUUCGUACCAAAAGAGGCAAAGACAGAUUCGCUUUAAUGAUGACCGUGAUGGCCACGGUGCAUCGUUUGUUAAUUACAAACUCGACCAUCACGAGACGGUCGCUUUAUUACGACCUGAAAAACGACAGGACGUCGAAUUUGGUCCCAGAACAGAGAUGUCUGGAUCAGGCGGUGCAUCACGUUGCUAAUUUACUAAAUUGCUCGCCAUGGGAGCUCAAUUUAUUGCCAACGUCAAAGGGAUUAGCAGCUGGCGAAUUGACGCUCACUCUGUCCGACAAUCGCGUUAUCGAUUGCACGGUGCCUGGAGGUGCUCUGAUUCCGCACAUUGUGCCGAAUCUAAUUUCCGUUCGCACUACCGCCAAAAUGGUAUUGAUUGUCGAGAAAGACGCCGUCUUUCAGAAGUUGUUAGAGGAUGAUUGUACCUCUUCCUUGAGCUGUAUCCUCAUCACGGGCAAGGGAUAUCCGGACGUGGCUACAAGAAUGCUGGUUAAGCUGCUGUCCGAGAAAUUGGAGCUUCCGGUUUAUAUAAUCGUGGACGCGGACCCUCACGGCGUGGACAUCAUGUGUGUCUAUCGUUUCGGCUCGGCUGCGUUAUCCAGGGAGAGGAAAAGCUUGGCCUGUUCGAACGUACGCUGGCUGGGAAUACAUCCGUCGGAAUUGCUCGCCCUGCGAGUGAAUACCGUUCCCCUCACGCAAUUCGAUUUAUCGAAACUGAUGGCUCUCGAAGCCAGGCCUUAUAUGACCGGAGCGUUUCUCAGAGAGCUUGGAAUCAUGCGAACCGGAAAGGCGGAGAUAGAGAACAGCCAAUCGGCGAUAGGAUUUACAGCGACGCCACACUUGAACACGUUCUCCUGGCUACCCAACACCAUGGCAGUCACGUAGCCGCCAUAACCCCAACCCCACACACCCACCCUCGUGACGUCCAGGUACUUCAGAGUCUUCAGCAAGUGCUUCAACACGGUCAACUGAUCUUGAACCUCGACGCCGCCGAUCCGCCUGAACAGAUCUCGUUUCCCCUGACCCCUGGCACCGCGGACGUCCAGCCUGAUGUACACUACGUCAUUGUGGCUGGACAUGUAGGUCCCCCAGUCGAUUCUGAAUCGAUCCGUCACUGCUUCGCUACCUGGACGACCGUUCACCUCGACCAGGACAGGGAACGCCGCGUCUCGAAGCUCCUCCCGCCACGAAGG